AAUUCGUUAUUGGCUUCAUGGACUCUAAGUACUGAUGCAUGCAGGGACUGGUAUGGUGUUACAUGCUUUAAUGGUAGGGUAAACAUGUUGAACAUGACAAAUGCCGGUGUCAUAGGUACACUUUAUGAUUUUCCGUUUUCAUCACUGCCUUUUCUUGAUUAUCUUGAUCUUAGCAUGAACCACCUCUCUGGCACCAUCCCACCUGAAAUAGGAAAGCUCACUAAUCUUGUCUAUCUUGACUUGUCCAUCAACCAGAUUACAGGAACAAUCCCACCACAAAUCGGCUCGCUAAAAAAGCUUGAGAUCCUCCACAUCUUUGUCAACCAAUUAAAUGGUUCCAUUCCGGGGGAAGUAGGUCAUCUAAGGUCUCUUACUGAGCUAGACUUGAGUUAUAAUGUUCUUAAUGGUUCAAUUCCCGUUUCAUUGGGGAAUUUACACAACUUGUCUUAUUUGCAUCUUCAUGAUAAUCAGCUUUCAGGUUCCACUCCGGCAGAAAUAGGAAAACUUGUCAAUCUUAUAGAACUUGAUCUUUCAUCUAACCAGUUAACAGGUCAUAUUCCUCCAGAAUUAGGUAACUUGAUCAAUGCAAAUUUGUUCAAUGCUUUCUCCAAUGAAUUGUCUGGCUCCAUUCCUAUUGAAAUAGGGAAGAUGGAGUCACUUGAGGAGUUAAGCUUGCACGACAACAAUCUCUCUGGUCCAAUUCCCAAAAUAAUAGGAGACUUGACUGAGCUCAAACUUUUGCACCUUUAUUCCGAUCAACUUUCCGGUUCCAUUCCUAGUGAGUUAGGGAAUCUGAAAAACCUGAGUGAUUUGGAAUUAUCCAAUAACUCACUUACCGGUCAAAUUCCUCCUUCCUUCGGAAAUUUGAGAAACUUGCAGAUUUUGUUUCUCUGUCACAACAAACUUUCUGGUUCUAUUCCAAAAGAACUUGGAUAUUUAGAUAACUUGGUUGUGCUGGAAAUGGAUGAAAAUCAGUUUUCAGGCCAUUUGCCUGAGCAUCUUUGCCAAGGUGGGAAACUUGAAAUCUUCACGGUGAAUAGUAACAAUCUGUCAGGGCCAAUACCAAGAAGCUUAAGCAAGUGCUCGAGUUUUAAAAGGGUUCGCUUUGAUAACAACAGUUUUACUGGCAAUUUAUCUGAAGCUUUUGGUAUCUAUCCGGAUCUUGAGUUAAUUUAUUUGAGCGAAAAUGAUUUUCAUGGUGAGCUCAGCAGCAACUGGUGGAAAUGCAAGAAUUUGACUGAUUUGCUGAUAGACGGAAAUAGAAUUGGUGGUUGCAUACCACCAGAGAUCGAAAACCUGAAAGGGCUUCAACGACUUGAUCUUUCAUCAAAUCAUUUGGUUGGGAUGAUUCCUGGGGAAUUUGGAAAAUUGACCUCUCUAGAGUAUCUUUUUUUGCAAAAUAACCACAUUUCUGGCAAUAUACCUGGGGAACUUGGGGCACUGACAAAGUUAGAUUCCCUUGACCUGUCAAACAAUAGAUUGAAUGGGUCGAUACCAGCGUUUAUAGAAGAUUACAGGCACGUGUUUCUCUUGAACCUGAGCAACAAUAAGUUCGGCCAGAAAAUUCCAAAGGAGAUAGGGGGUAUAACUCAACUUAAUGUACUUGAUUUGAGCCAUAAUCUUCUAGUUGGAGAAAUACCCCCUCAGUUAGCCAAUUUGAAGUCCUUGGUAAGCUUUAAUCUUUCCCACAAUGGCCUCUCUGGAUGA